AACUGUCGCUGUUAUUAUUGUAAGAAUAAUUUCUCUUACGAAAAUGGCGUCGAGUCACGGAGGUGUGGGAGCAGUAACGGCUCUUCAAAGCCAUCAUUAUCCGAACGGACCUCAAUGGAACCCGGGUAUCAACCAGCAUCAGCACCAGCUCCUGACGGCCCGUAGUUUAGACCGUGCUCUGGAGGAUGCCGUGUGCUCCGGGAUGUUGAAUCUAAGCGGGAGGAAGCUGAGAGAGUAUCCUGGAAUGAGCUAUGAUCUUACCGAUACGACACAAGCAGAUCUGUCCAAGAACCGUCUGACGGAGAUCCCUCCUGAGGUGUGUCUGUUUUCCCCCCUCGAGUCCCUCAACCUCUACCACAACUGCAUCAAAUGCAUCCCAGAAGCCAUCAUCAACCUGCAGAUGCUGACGUACCUCAACAUCAGCCGGAACCUUCUCUCAACAUUGCCAAAAUACCUGUUCAACCUCCCCCUCAAAGUGCUGGUUGUGAGCAACAACAAGCUUGUGUCAAUCCCAGAGGAGAUUGGAAAGGCCAAAGAGCUGAUGGAGCUGGACAUCAGCUGUAAUGAGAUCCAGGUGCUGCCCCCUCAGGUGGGGAGGCUUCAUGCCUUAAGGGAACUCAACAUCAGGAGGAACUGCCUUCAGAUGCUGCCUGAGGAGCUGGCUGACCUGCCCCUCAUCAGACUGGACUUCUCCUGCAACAAGAUCACAGAGAUCCCUCCAGUCUACAGGAAACUCAGGCAGCUGCUGCACAUAGUCUUGGACAACAACCCUAUGCAGUCUCCACCUGCACAGAUCUGCCUUAAAGGAAAGGUGCACAUAUUCAAGUACCUGAACAUCCAGGCGUGCAGGAUGGAUAAGAAACCUGACUCCCUGGACCUCCCCUCCCUGGGAGGCAAACGGGGAUGCCUCCCCCAGCCACUCACAGACAGCAUGGAGGACUUCUACCCCAGCAAGAACCACGGCCCUGACUCUGGUAUAGGCAGUGACAACGGGGACAAGAGGCUUUCUACGACAGAGCCCUCGGACGACGACACUAUCAGCCUGCACUCUCAGCUGUCGGAGACGGCCCGCGCCGACGCCCUGUCACUCCUCUCCAAGAUGGACUCCUGCAAAGAUCAAGACCCCUAUGACUUCAUAGAGCCCAACCCAGAUGACGAUGCUGGUCUGUCAGAAGGCGACAUGCAGCAGAGCAGCCCUUAUGUCACCUGCAUAAAGGAAUUGGAGAAAGUCCUUAAUAAGUCACACCAAAGCAAAGAUAAGGAGAGCUGGAAGGAGGAGUCUGGCUCCGAUAAGGAACAGUUGGCCGAGGAGGAGGAGGAUGAGCUGAAGGAGGUGCUGGACUUGAGGAAGAUCGCUGUGCAGCUUCUCCAGCAGGAGCAACACAACAGACGGCGCUCCUUAAUAUGUAGAGCAGAGAGUCUUAUUCACCGGAGAAGGGUAACUGGACGAGCACACAGGUUCCUCAGUCACUCAGGAAGCUCCAGCAGCAAACAGAGGUCUCAAUCCCAGGCCACGCGCAGUGCUUCUCUGGAUGAAGGCAGCAGUGGAGCAUCAGUACUUGGUGGACAGGAUCCCGACCUUACAGACGACGACACACCUUUCUCUGAGCCAUCAUCAUCCUGCUCUUUCGAUGGCAGCAUCAAAUCUGAGUCAGACACAGAGGCCAAGUGGCCAGAGCUACCUCCCGUCCUCAACCAGAACGAGGAGCGUAGGAGGAACAAAUACCUUAGAAAAGAUUAUCUCAAGUACAAGUGCCAGAGUGCCCGGAGGAAUUCAAGUGGUAAUGAAGAGUGUGAGGAGGGAAUGCGCAGCUCUGAAUUCAGCACAACCCUUACUGUAUUUGGUUUAAAGCCAAGAUCAGCGUUUAGCAGGAGCAGCCGCCAGGAGUUUGCCUCCACAGACCCCAGUUUCACCAUGCGGAGGAAGAUGGAGCACCUGAGAGAGGAGAUGGAGCAAAUUGGCAUCUUACGGCAGAACCUUGAGUCCAGACUGAAGGUUCUGCUACCUGACGAUGUUGGGGCGGCCCUGAUGGACGGCGUUGUUCUGUGCCAUCUAGCCAAUCACAUACGUCCCAGAUCUGUAGCCAGCAUCCAUGUGCCCUCACCUGCAGUGCCAAAGCUCAGCAUGGCAAAGUGUCGUAGGAAUGUGGAGAACUUUCUUGAUGCCUGCAAGAAGCUGGGCGUUCCGCAGGACAAGCUGUGUCUGCCCCACCACAUCCUGGAGGAGCGUGGCCUUGUGAAGGUAGGAAUGACUGUUCAGGCCCUGCUGGAGCUGCCUGCUUCCAAGCCCACCCAGCUGUCUGCUGUUUAGCACCAGGCUGGGCCCUGCCUCCACUCCCCAGCCCUCAGCUGGGCCCUGCCUCCACCCCCCAGCCCUCCACCCCCCCUCACAUGAGAGACCUCACCACUGGGGACCAGGGAACCCAAACGGAUGACGGCCCCCAAGGCCAAGGGACAGGAGCCCGCUACCAGCUGACGGAGCCACGAGAGGGGAGGCCCUCACUCUCUUAUAUGAUGUCGGCUGGCUCCUGCCUCUACUCCAUCAGAUUCUCAGCUUGUGUCCCAUAGGGGGUCCAUACUGUAUGUGUGUAGAGAAUAUGUGUGACUCUGUAUGACCAGUGUGACCUGCACAAGGCACAAUGACCUUGUGAGAGGUGAUGAACCGAGUUGGGUCAAAGGUCAGACGACAGGGGGAACCUAGAAGAAGAGGAAGACCAGUUGCCAUGGCUAUUUCCCAGAGACUGUUGAGACUGGAGUAGCCAAAUCUGACCUGACAAGACUCCCAACCCCUCUGUGUUUCAGACCGCCAUAGUGAAGUGAAAACCGUUUUAAUGUAUGCACUCACUUUUUCACUUAGAGAAGUGAACUGCAUGCUGGUUCACCAGCCACAACACAGAUCAAGUGGCCCUUGCACUUGUAGCUUGAUUUUGCUUUGACACAAGUAGCAUUCUACAGAUAUUUGUGAUCAUGAUGAUAAGAAUGUUCUGUUCUGCAUUUCAUCUGGUAUUUUGGCCCAGAGCAGGAAGUUGGGUUCAUGUUAUUUCUCUUCUGGCCUGGGAAAACCCAGCCAGAGCCAAAACUAACACCACCUAGACAGUCUGUUUGGGGAUUAGAAGAAACGCUUGCUUGGAAAAACAUAGUAUCUAUGAUCAGAAUGGCUUCAGCAGAAGAGCAGAAAGGUUUGUAUUGUAGCAGGUGCUUAGCCACUUCACCUGCUGUGUUACAUGGUCUUCUGCUGACUACUGCUGUUGGAAUGAGCUGUUCCUCGUAAACUCAGUAGUCACAGGAAACAACAGACUGUAAAUAUAAGACUACUGUGACUCCCAGCAGCUUUGAUGCAACCUUCUGUGCUUGUUUUAAUACAAGUUUAAAGCACAAGUUGAUCAGUCAGGAUAUUAUUAUGUACAAUGUACUUACUGAUGUGAUUUUAUCUGUCGGACAAUUUGGUGCAACUUAAGAAUGUUUUGUACAUUUUUUUUCACUUGUUCCUUUUAUUUGAGUUGGAUUCACAGCAAAAACAGUAUGCUUAAUGCAAAUAGAUACACACAGACAACUCUCUAAGAAACUGUAUAUCAGGGAAAUUAUUUAUGUAUUUAUUUUUUGGUUGUAUUUUUGUGCUUUUGUAUAAUUUGUUGUGUGUUUCAACCCUGAUAACAAAUUAAAUAAUGUUCUGAGGGUUUUUUAGC